UAAUCAGUGCAAUAGUGUUCAAGUUAAUCAGAAUAUUAACUUACUCUUGCAUUAAACUUAGUUCAAUUUGUCAUGUUGUAAAUACAGUUAAAUAUUAUGAAUGAAAAAAUAAAUUAAAACCAUAAAAUAGAAUGGUAUUACAUUAAUAUUCUACAUAAUUCCGAAUAUACUAUCAUAAUUUUAAGUGGCUAAAUAUCUCUCUUUGUUGCCCUGAAACGAUAUAUCUCAGAUUUAUGGUUGUUUCAAAAUAUAAUACUUCGCAUGAAUAAGUUAUUUGGUACCAACUUGCAUUACAAAUUUGCUGUGCUCACUUUGCCAAUGAGUUCAAAUCACAGCUACAAUAAAGAUAUUUCGUGAGCUGAAUUUAUUUUGGAAGUGAUGAAAGUUAUCUUUAGUUCCCUUAAUCAUUUGCAAAGUAAAAGAAGUUUUUAACCCAAAUUUACGUAUAUACUUUCUUAUAAAGAACACAGCUUUCUUGUUAGGGAGGAGGUACAUACACAUCACAGGUUUCUGAUCAUUGUGAGAUGUAAAAUAUCAUUAGUCCUAACCAUCUGAAUAACCUUCAUAUUUUACAACUGGUAAUAUGGCAUUAACCAUUAAAAAUAAAUUGCAAUAAGACUGACUCAUCCACUGAUUAUAAUGUCUGACUAAGACUAAAAACAAAGGCCAAAAAACAAUCGUGUAUACGAUCCUCGAACCACAAAUACUUCCUGAUUUAAAUUAUUACCAAGAUGCAAAUAAUUAAGUAUGGAUUAUGACAAAGAGAGAUAACGUGAUGUAUCUGAGUUAUUUACUGAACAUUUAUGAUCCAUUACCAUUUACUGACCAAUUAUAUGUUUAUGGAUAAAAAUAGUUUUUCUGACAAUGAUAUGAGAGUUGACCAAGUUUACAGCAAAGUGAUGAGAUGGGAGGAAGCUGUGUAACACGUCACUCACAAGAGUGGGCGGAACGCCUGAUUCUAAUUAGUACAAACUGUACAGUGUCCCCCAGAAGUAGAAAACCAGUGUUGACUUAAUUUACUUUACACGUUAUACAUUGUAAAUAAGUUCUUUUCACGUCUGUAACAAUUAUUGUGAAAAGAACUGUAAACAAUCUUCAAAGAUAUUAAUUAGACCUUAUUUUAGCAACAAUUAAUUUUGGUCACUACGCCAAGAUGCCAGAAAUACUGAAGGUUUUGCUCAUUCUUCCAUGUUUCAUUGUAAUGACAGCCUCAGAAGGCAUCAUGUGCUACAAAUGCACCCCAACAAAGGAAUUUAAUUCUCAGAGAUCUUUGGGAUGCUCUCAGUUCGAUCGAAGUCAGCGGUUCAAGGUUUACUGUCCAAAAUCUACGUUCUGUAUGAAUAAAACUUAUUCUGUUCCUCUACUGCACGGAGAAAUUGAAAUCAUUGAGCGGGACUGCGCUCCACAGAAAGAAGUAUCUUACUACUGGAAUGAUUCGAAAUGGAAUAGUGAAGAACGACUAGUAAGCUCCGCUUACAAUGAAAGGUGUUCCAUGUUUGAAGAUACGGGCAGGCCUGGUAAACCUGCAGAAUAUUGUUACUGUGGGUCAGAUUCAUGCAAUGCAUAACUGAUUGCAGGAGAUAUUAACGAUAUGCAACGACUGUGUGAUUACUUGAACUCAGUACUACUACUAGGGAGGGACGUUCUUCUGCUGUAAAUGUUGAAUGAUUCAUUGCUUUUUCAAACAUGGGAUAGCAAAAUAUUUGGUUACAGCACAACUUGCACUGCAUAGCCCACGGUGUGGUUAAAAUUCUUUUUAAAUCUCAAGUAACUAAUGGAAUAACGAUUGAAUUAAUCAUAAAAAUAUUAUGUUACACUUGUGUUAUACCUAUUGAAACGUA